AUGGCUCACAGAGAUCAUGAAUCCGACGACCCGAUCAUCUCCGAUUCUUCCCUCAAUCCGGGCGUUGCAAUGACUAGAGAUGGGGUGGAAAAUGAAUCUGAUACUACCUUAAGGUCCUUAACUCCUCAAAGACAUCUAAGGAAUAUGCUAUUCCCUAAUAGACAUGAUCGGAUGGCCGCUCGAAAGAUAGAGAAUCAUCGUCAUGAGUUGAUGAGGGCAGAGUUACUUGAGAAAGCUAGUAUGGACACUUUGGAGCCACCAGAGGAGAAACGCAUCAAAACGCUCCUCGUCCGUGAACUUAACCCGAGAAUCUGUGAGCAGGACAUACGAGUUUUAUUCGGUGCUUAUGGACAAAUCGAAUCUAUCAGAUUCUUGGCUGAGGAGGGCCGUGCGUUUGUCACAUACACAAGCCUAGAAGGAUCAGAGAAGGCCAAGCAAGACCUGUCCAAGUGGCUAGGCGCCAACGGUAUGAGGCUAAAACUCAUGUGGGCAGGACCUGAGUUUACUGUUUCAUGCACCAGUGAGAACAACAGAGCUUCUUCUUCUUCUUCUUACCAAAUGCUUCCACGCCAGCCAUGA